GGGGGGAGGCGGCCCGAGCGGUCCGCGGCCCCGGGAGGGUCGUCCCGGCCCCGCAGCGCUCGGCCUGUGCCCCUCUGUGUGUCCUUCCCUGUGUCUGCCUGGUGAGAGUUGUGCUGCCCGGGCCGUGUCGCACACAUAAAGCCUGUCUGUGUGCACACACCGUGUUCUGUGUCUGUUGUGGGGACCGCAGGCGGAGCGGCCCCGGGGCUUUGUGCCUGGGGGUGGCCGGGCCCUGCACCCCUCAGACCCGGGAGCCUGCGGGCGGGUCUGAGCCCGAGGAGGAAUGCAAACUGCCCCAAGCGUGGUGCGUCCUCCAAAGGAAGGGCACGGGCUCAGGACCCGUUUGGUCCCCACGUGGCCCAUGGCUCGCUGGGUCCAUGUUGGCAGCGGGUCAGAUUUGGCAGUUAGCUCUGUGGGGCGUGAGUAACACACGAGUGUGCUGGAAGGCAGUCGUCUCCUUUCUGCCUUCUCCCCUUGGACGCGGUCUGGUUGCCUCACUGAGCAGCUCUUGUGUCGUCUCUUUCAAUUCCAGCAUCCCAUCCAUUAACCUGACCAGCUGCAAGUAUGAGAGCGUGCGUCGUGCCGCACUAUGCUGCGGGCUGAAAGAAGUGGGAGAUAACGAGGACUGGACAGUGUAUUGGACUGACUAUUCAGUCUCUCUGGAACGUGUCAUGGAGAUGAAACGGUUUCAGAAAAUCAACCAUUUUCCUGGCAUGAUAGAGAUCUGCCGUAAGGACUUGUUGGCUCGCAACCUUAACCGCAUGCUCAAACUCUUCCCCAAGGAGUACAAUAUUUUUCCCCGUACGUGGAGCCUGCCGGCUGACUAUGGAGACUUCCAGGCCUACAGACGCAGGAGGAAAACCAGAACGUUCAUCUGCAAGCCAGACAGCGGCUGCCAAGGUCGAGGUAUCUUCAUAACACGUAAUCCAGAAGAGAUCAAACACGGAGAGCACAUGAUCUGCCAGCAGUAUAUCUCUAAGCCUUUCCUUAUUGAUGGCUUUAAGUUUGACAUGCGUAUCUAUGUGCUGGUCACAUCUUGUGACCCACUGAGGAUUUUUGUCUACGAGGAGGGUCUGGCCCGGUUUGCCACCAUGAGGUACAUCGAUCCCCGCAGGAGAAACCUGUUAAGUGUAAAUGAAGGUUUCUUGCGGUUCCUCUCUCAGGGUGAUAUCUGCAUGCAUUUGACCAAUUAUGCUAUCAACAAACGUAAUGCAAACUUCGUCCAGGAUGACAUGAUGGGCAGUAAGAGGAAACUCUCCACUCUGAAUGCCUGGAUGAUGGAUAACAGCUACAACACAACAAAACUCUGGGAAGAUAUUGAAGAUAUAAUUAUAAAGACUCUCAUUUCAGCUCACCCUGUGGUGAAGCACAAUUACCAAAGCUGCUUUCCUAACCACACUACCAGCUGUGCCUGUUUUGAGAUACUGGGUUUUGAUAUUUUGCUAGACAGAAAUCUGAAACCUUGGCUGCUAGAGGUGAACCACUCUCCCAGCUUCACCACAGACUCUCACCUGGACCGUGAGGUGAAGGAUGCUCUUCUCUUUGACACCAUCAACUUGAUAAAUGUGCAUGCCUGUAACAAAAGGAAAGUGAUGGAGGAAGACAAACAGCGGGCAAAGGAACGACUCCUCCAGGCUCAUCGGGCUCCUCAUGUAUCCAGACAUGAGGAGUUAGAGAGCAGCCAGGCAGCCUGGCUCUCUGAGGCAGAGGACUAUGAGAACUCACACCUGGGCAGCUACCGGCGCAUUUACCCAGGGUAUGGAACUGACAAGUAUGAGCCAUUUUUCAAGCAGAGCAGCUCCCUCUUCAAGGAGACAGCAUCAUCCAAAGCACGGGAGAAGUGUACCAGGCAACAACUGGAAGAAAUUCGCAUGAAGAAAGAAAAGUCAGAAGCUGUUACCAGCAAGAAAAAAAAAGAGAGGAAAGAAGAGCUGCAGGGAGAGUCAGCCACAGACAAAUCCAUGAUCCAUAACAAAACCCCAGCUUCUGCAACCCACCUCACCUACAGAAGCACAAAGAUGUGGGAUAAAAAGACACAGCACGUGCAGUAUGACUCCAUGCAGCCCCAGGACAUUCUGGAAAAUGAAGAGAAGAAAAGAGUGAAUGCUCUUGCAAGGCGCAAGAACCUUAUCCAAGGCCUGGGCAUCGUAGAUCAGCUCUCCCAGCUGCUUCCCACAACGGAGAGAUCAUCUGACACCCUCAGACCCUGCAUUGUUACCUCUGAGAUCCAGACGCAGUUUCUUUGGGACACGCUGCAGGCACAGCACCCUGCUCCCUUGAUGACCGUCGUCCCCCUCUCGAUCCCAAGAGGCACCGCGUGGCCUUCAGGACAGCCUUCUGCUCUCAAGCACAGCACCAAGGCACAGCUGCUGGCUGGCCAGCACCCUGCCCUGGGCACCCUCUUGGUUCGAGGCCACAGCAUCCCUUGCCAGGAGCAGCACGCAGCGCAGCGCGGCCCCCGGCCCCAGGACAGGGGCUACCCAUGGAGCAGGGCUGCAGAGCCAGCAGCAGUUACUCAGCCCUGUGCUAAAACCAGGGGAACGCCAGCGAGCACCUGGCAGCUCGCUGUAGCCAGGAACAAGGUGGAACAAUGUGACAUUGGGCGGCCGCUCUGCGCAGGCAGUGUUCACCCUGGGUCCUUGGGUUGCCUGGCUCGUGCAGGCAAGGCCAUGGGUGACGGCAGCUUCAGUGGUGUCACAGUGCAGGAGCUCCUCAUAGUCCCCGCCGCCCUCGUGCUGCACGCACGUGCCCCGCACUGCGCCAGCGCCAUGGAUUUCCGCGACGUGAGAAGCACAGGUAAGGGGCAGAGGCGGCGCCUCCAGCCUCCCUCGGGCACCGUGGCUGCCGAAGAGCACGCUCCAUCCGUGUGCCCUUGCUCUGGUCCUGGGGUCCUGCGGGACGUCGAGGCCUAAAGGCUCCGGCUGCCCUGCUCAUCCAGGGAAAACAACCUUCCCGAGACAGGGCUCCGAACUAACCGCUGGGUUUCAGCGGGUGCGGGGCCGCAGCCACAGGUGCCGGGGAGCGGCAACCCCGGGCCCAGACCCCGCCGCGCCUCCUGCGCUUCCCCCGUCCCGGGGCCGCCCCCGCCCCGCCC